CUUCAAUCAUUGCAGAUGGAAGCUUCCAUCCAACUCACUGUUGGUGCUGUCUCCUCACCCAUCAUACAGGUUGUCUCAGAUAACAGUGACAGUGUGGUGUUACAGUGUGAGUCUGCAGGCUGGUAUCCAGAGCCUGAGGUGUUUUGGCUGGACGGUGAGGGAAACCUCCUCUCUGCUGGACCUACAGAGACAGUCAGAGGUCCUGAUGACCUCUAUACUGUCAGCAGCAGAGUGACUGUGGAGAAGAGACACAGCAACAGCUUCACCUGUAGAGUCCAACAGAAGGACAUCAACCAGACCAGAGACACUCACAUCCAGGUUACAGGUUUCAAGAAGAACCAGGGGGAAGAAUUGGAGAUGGUGUUUAAGCAAGCAGGAAU